CGUGUGCGGGGAGAGUGUGUAUGUGUACGUGUGUGUGAGGUUCGAGAAUUAAAAGUGACGAAUUUCAUUGCCAUUGGGCCAUCAUUUGUGAUGUGUGUUGUGCCUUCGUUUCCGCCUGUGCUACGAUUAAAGUUGAUCUGUACUUCGAAUUCACUGCCGGAUAGUUUCCACUGUUCUACAAAAGCAUUGCAGUCAUCAGCCAAAUAAAAUAAACCGCCCAGGGGAAAAGGGAAAAGCUUUUCUAUCGACCGUGAAUGAGCUCAUCAUUUUCGCGUGUGUUGCUUACUAGUGAUCCCCUUAGUACACAUUCAUGUGUGCUCCAGAAUUUCUUUUUUGGUUGAAAUCGUUCUAGUGAUACCUUCUGAAAGCUGGAAAAGGUUCAGAAUAAUACCCCAUCCAAGUUUUUUUCAUCAUCGGUGGUGAAAAUGUGCGAAAUUAUCGGGAAAAGCCAGACGGAAAAGAAUGUUGCCCCGUGAAUGAAUCGAAUAUUUAUUCUAUAUAAGCACUGGAUGGGCUCAAUAAGUGCAAUAUGAUCCCUUCUGAGAUUGAAGCAAGUGCAAUUGAUCAAAACAAAUAUGAAUCACCUAAUCCAUCUAUUUUGUGAACGCGAUAACAUCGGAGAAGAAAAUGUGACAAAUUGAACAAAAUAGCAAAAGGCUUCUCCUCAUGAUUGUAUGAACAAAAAAAUUUAUGUGAAAUGUGCUAUCAACACCUGUGCUAAAUCUCUAAUGUGCUUCCCAGGAUUCAAACUAGUGCGUAUACUGUCCUAUUCACAUGAAGCUGCUGCAACUUCAUUGUCAUCAAAAACGUUGCAAGACCAAAUACAUCCGGUCGAAGAGAGAACUUUGAUACCUUGUGAUACUUGCUAGUCUGUUCCAAAACGACUAGCAAUUCAAACUUGGAUAAGAGAAUGUCAAUAUGGCCAGUAUUGGUCCAGAUCAAGGAAUAUUGAAUCCUGCGAGUUCUGAUGGGCAUCAGAAAAUAAGUGGCGGUCGCUAUGACUUUGAGGAUGGCGGUACAUUUUGCGGUGGAUGGGAGGAUAAUAAAGCACAUGGUCACGGUGUUUGUACAGGUCCUAAAAACCAGGGUGCAUACUUCGGUGCCUGGCAUUAUGGUUUCGAAGUUUCUGGAAUUUACACAUGGCCAAGUGGAUCUUCCUAUGAGGGUCAUUGGCAAAACGGUAAAAGACAUGGGCUUGGAGUUGAAACCAGAGGUCGAUGGAUAUACAGAGGUGAAUGGACGCAAGGUUUUAAAGGGCGGUAUGGUGUGAGGCAAAGUGUAUCUUCUACAGCGCGCUAUGAAGGCACUUGGGCGAACGGACUACAGGAUGGAUAUGGAUCAGAAACUUAUGCCGACGGAGGAAGCUACCAAGGCCAAUGGUUACGAGGAAUGCGCCAUGGCUAUGGAGUGCGUACCUCUGCACCAUUUGGCAUGGCGGCAAGAUUUAGGACCAAAUCUAUCAGAGCUUCGAUGACAUCUCUUAGGAGCAAUGAAGGUAAUAGCAAUCAAUCUCAAAUUCCAGACCCUGCCGAGAAACGACAUAGGAUAGACGACGCUCGAGGCGGUUUUGUGUUAAAAGCCAAAUCGGAUGAAGCACCAGCAAGACGAAAUAGUUUAGUAGAGAAAACUAAAAAAGGCCUAUUAUCGGGUCUCAAAAUAAGGAAGCAGAGAAGUACUGGUGAUCUGGAGAAACGUGGAACCGGAUCUGGAAGUAUUAGAUCAACUGCAUCCAUUUCGUCUUGGUUAAGUACAGAGUCUUCACAGUCAGGCAUGACAAACAAGUAAGUUAACAAGUUGAAUUAUGUUA